AUGGUUCAAAAUAACCUUGCUGUGUUUGAUUUUGAUUGGUCGCUCAUAGAAGAGGAUAGUGACCAUUGGGCUAUCAGCCGUCUAUCGCCCGAACAAUGGGAAAUAUGCCUAGCACAAAGGGGAAGAGUCAGUAUAGACACCAUGGAUGAGGCUAUUUGUAAGCUACAGGAUCAAGGAAUUACCAAAAGUCAGUUUGAAAAAGUACUCAAGACUAUUCCCAUGCUAUGGGUUAAUCUGAAGCUCAACGCUAACAACACACGCGUCCUUAUUGUGUCUGAUGCAAACACAUUCUAUAUUGAGACCAUCCUAGAGGCCUACAAUGUACGCAAUCUUGUUACGGACAUUAUCACCAAUAGGUUCUACACUGAUAGUCACGGAAGAUUCCGUAUAGACAGAAGAACACCAGCCUCAGGUCCUCAGCACAAUUGCCCGCAGGGAUGUUCGGCCAAUCUUUGUAAAGGGAUGGAAUUGACCCGAUAUAUUGAGACACAUGGACCAUUUUCAAAGGUCAUGUAUGUUGGCGAUGGAAAGAACGACUAUUGUCCUUGUACGCAUUUAAGAGAUACGGACCGUGUGUUUGCCAGAUCUGGACGGGCUUUAUCUAACCUGUUGGCUCCUGGUUCAGAGCAUGCAGGAAAGGUCAAGGCAAACAUCACUUUCUGGGAGACUUCUGAUACAGUGUUGGAUAGAGUUAAUAAGGAAGGAUUGUGA